AUAAAAACCUCUCAACAUAUUGGCAAAAACAUGCACCGCACAGAGUAAGCUUUGAAAGUCUCUGAUCGGAGCCCAAAUCCUCAAACCUGUUUCUGAAUCAUUCUUCAUUCAGAAACACACAAAAGCUUCAAUCUUUUCAAUUUCUCUCAUUUUUCUUCAUUCCUCUGUGCUAAAGGGUUUCUUUGGCUUUUGUAGUUAAGGGAAGCAUCUUCAUUGCGCACACAGAGUUGUCAGAUUCUUGGUGUGAGUAUUCACAAGUCCUCACUCGUUGAUAUUGCUCGGUGUUAUGCUUCAUUGCUUCUAAGGAAGGAAAUGGUAAUUAGCAGCGAUCCAGAGAAAACAAACAAUCCACACAUGGGAUUUAAAAAAGAUAAUGCCUUAAAUGUUAAGGAGAUGGCAGAGAAGAUGAUUUUACAGAAGGACUUUGGUGUUGCAAGACUACUUGCAAGGAGGGCUCGAAGCUUGGAUCCCAAUAAUGAUGACCUCCCCCAGUUGCUGGAAACCAUUGAUGUGUAUCUCGCUGCUGAAGAAAGAGUUGGUGCAGAAGUGGAUUGGUACAAGAUCCUUGGUGCACAACCUUUGGAUGAUGAUGAAACGAUUCGGAAAUGUUAUAAGAAGAUGGCCUUUAAACUGCACCCUGAUAAAAACAAAUCAGUGGGUGCGGAUGGUGCAUUUAGUCUUGUCGCAGAGGCUUGGACUAUAUUAUCUGAUAAAGAUAAGAGAGCCACCUAUGACCAAAAGUACCGCUUGGCAAUUAGAGGGAUUCCUGUCGGGAUACCUCCUAAUCCUAUACCCGCUAGUCAAAAUAGUUUGUUUAAUACUGUUAACCUUGGUGAGAGACCUUCUGUACCUGGUGGUCAGAACGGUUUGUUUAAUGCUGUUAACCGGAACGACAGAGAUCGUAUGAGUGCUGCUCACACCAGUCCCACUCCAAGACCUCCUGCACCUGCUAGUCAUAAUGGUCUGUUUAAUGCUGCUAUCCAGAAGAACAGAGAUCAUAUGAGUGCUGCUCAUACCAAUUCUUCUCCAAGAGCCCCUCCUAAAUCAGAUACUUUUUGGACUGUGUGCAGUUUGUGCAGCACAAAGUAUGAAUACCUUGCUACUUACAGAAACUGCAAUCUUGUUUGUGGCCGCUGCAAGAAACCAUUUUAUGCUUCCGAGAUACCAGCCCCAUCUGUACGCAAAAAUGCUUCAUCCACUUCAAGACCUUCUCAAAUGAAGCAGCAAAGCUUCAACUCAACCGGAUUGGAUAGAAACUGUCAUGUUCCAAGUAGGACACCAAUGUCUGCUGUCAACUCAUCCCUCGGGUCAGGUGCUUUUUCUAUGCCUGGUGGCCUUUCCAGUGUACCAACAUCGGUUUCUACUGCUGGUGGAGUUCCUGGUCUUUUUAUGAGGCCAUCUGCGAAUUUGAAAAGAAAGCAUGAAGACUCGGCACCUGUCAUGAGGGAGGAGAUACAUUUUGGGAAAACUCAUGCUGUUGAGAGAACUGUUGCUGGUUCAGCUUUUCAGUCUUCUGGGAAAAAAAGGUGCACUGGUGAGCAUAAAGUUGAUGGUGCUAGAAGAGACGUGGAAACUGAAAUGGCGUCAAAAAAAGGAAUGAACUCCACCAAUGGGUUUGGGUCUCUGAAGAUUAGUUUUGAUGCAGGAAAGGUUAGUGCUGCCGGAAAUUCCAGACGGAAUGGUAUUAGUUAUAUGUCUCAGCAGCAAAUGAAGAAUAUCUUGGCGGAAAAGGCUCAGAAGUUGAUUCGUAAGAAGCUUGAUGAGUGGAAAGAGAGCCGUAGGAAGCUUGAUGAGUGGAAGGAGAUCCGUAAAAAACUUGAUGAACGGUAUCCAUCUUCAAUAUCAAAGAACACUGUCCCAGAAGUUAGAGUGAAGCCUGGUCCAAAAGAAAUUGUCAAGUCUGAGAACAAGAACAAACCUAUCUCUGCUGAUUCAGAGGCGAAUGUUUCCGUCUCCAUGACUGUUCCAGACCCAGAUUUCCAUGAUUUUGAUGGGGAUCGAAUUGAGGACUCUUUUGGGGAGAACCAGGUGUGGGCAGUAUACGAUGAUGAAGACGGCAUGCCGCGCUACUAUGUCUUUAUCCACUCUGUGAUCUCAAAGGAUCCUUUCCAGAUGAAGAUAAGCUGGCUUAGCUCUAAAACCAAUGAUGAAUUGGCACCGAUAGAGUGGGUCAGUAACGGCUUUCCAAAGACCACCGGGGAUCUCCGAUUAGGCAAGCGUGCAACAAGUAACACUCUCAAUUCUUUCUCUCACAGGGUCAAGUGGACAAAAGGCUCAAGAGGACUUAUCCAUAUAUAUCCAAAGAAAGGGGAUGUUUGGGCUCUAUUUCGGAACUGGUCCCUCGAUUGGGAUGUAACUACUAACGAUGAUAUCAUACAUCAAUACAACAUGGUGGAAGUGCUUGAAGACUACAGUGAAGAACAUGGUGUGAAUGUUGCUCCGCUUGUCAAGGUUGCAGGUUUCAAGACAGUAUUCCGCCAGAAUGCUGAUCCAAGAAAAAUCAGGAACAUUCCAAGAGCAGAGAUGUUUCGUUUUUCACACCAGGUACCUUCAUACUUGCUUACUGGACAAGAAGGUGACAAUGCUCCUAAAGGUUGCUUGGAGCUGGAUCCUGCUUCAACACCUAUGGAACUUCUUCAGGUGAUCACUGAUGCUCCAACACAAGAAGAUUCUGCUGAAGAUGUUUGGAGAAAGAAGGUGGAUGGAGCACAGGAAGGGAAGGCAUGGCCUGAAAAUUUGGUCGUAUAUAAGCGGCAACGCUUGAAGGAAAAAAGGGAGCAGUGAAGUAACUGGUGAUUGUGAAUAACUGAAUUGGAUUGAAGAGAUUUUGUGUUCCAUAAUAUAGCCAUAGAGUUAGCCUAUUUAAUUCAAAUAGUCUACAAAACCAUAGCUUAUUUAUAAUCACCAAUUCGAACCAAGUUCGAGCAGCUUUUGAUGUUUUUGCUGUAUGUUGACGGUCCUGCAAUUUUGGUUUUAGUGGUUACAUUUGCAGGGCUUUUUGACAUGCCAAUGUACUCUAGUUACUAGCUUCUUCAAGUCAAUAAAAUUCAGCAUUAUGAAUA